CCGCGCUGCUCACAGAGCGGAGCCAUGACUGCGGACGUGGCCGUGUCUCUGUCGGUGCUCGCGGUGGUGGUGCUGCUGAGCGAUGCGACCCGCCGGUUGCUGGCGCGGGCCCUCCGGGACACCGGGCUCUCACCGUACGCGGCGGAGCUCGUGUCCACCUUCCAGCUCUGCUGCUGCGCGCACGAGCUGAAGCUGCUCUCAGAGGUCGGCGGCAUCCCGCCGCAGCUCGCGCUCACCUUGACGUACGUGACGUCCGUGGCCCACGGGCUCACCUUCAGAGGGGCCGUGGGGAACCCCUGCGGCGCGCUGGAGCACGCGUGGCGCGCCAGGUCCGCGGGUGGGUGCGCAGCGCGCCGGAUCGCGUGCCAGUUCGCGGCGGCCGUGAUGGCGCGCGCGGCCGUGCCGGUGAUCUGGGGCAUGGGGCUGUCGGGACUGCACAGCCGGCACAAGCUGCUCGGGUUCCGGUGCGUCAGCGCCAUCCACGCGUCUCUGCCCGGGGCCGCUGCCGUGGAGCUGAUGUGCGCCUUCGCUGUUCAGACCGUCAUCACGCACACGCACUCCGUGGAGGAGAGAUACCGCGUGCACGCGGUGGCUGCUGCCAUCACAGCCGCGGUCUAUGCAGGCGGCGGUGUGACGGGAGCGGUGUUUAACCCGGCGCUGGCCUUCUCUACACAGUUCCCCUGCAGUGGAAACUCCUUCCUGGAGUACUGCUUUGUGUACUGGUUGGGUCCGCUUCUGGGUAUGAUGAGCUCAGUGCUUCUCUUUGAUAAACUCACGCCAGCGUUUUCACAAAGACCGGCGCCUCUUCACCUCCCGCUGCGCACCAAGAAGCAGACAUGAGCUCUGCAGGGCGGCAUGUUUACCAUAGAGCACAUCAGAUGUAAAUCCUGACAGAUCUUAAGUUACCGCUCAGCUUCUUUUUCUAAACAACACUUCAGUUUAAGAGAUGUUUAAAAAUAUAAAUUAGAGCAGAGACAUCAGGGUGAGUUAAUGUUUGAAGCACAACACUUUUAACCUAGAAUGAAGCCGUUUAUAGACCCGUUUACUUUAAAAUCCAGUGCAGGUAGAGGUCAGCGAGGUUUUGCCCAGUUUAUUAACAGGAAAAAACAACAACAAUGGUAUCUUAUUUUCUGAACAAAUUCAGCUAAAACAUUAAGUAAAAUCCUAUCUUGACAAUUUUAUAUUUACAAUGAAUUUCUAUUUGGAAUGAAAAAUAUUUGGAAAAUAUAGUAAAUAUUCUUAUUUCUCUGGAACAUUUUAAACAAAUUGUUUUAAAAGAGAAGUGUAACCAGUCUUUUUUCCUUGUUUUUAUGUGAUAUUCCCAUAGAACCGUACUGUAACCGAAUCUUCUGCACAAUCCCAUUUAUUUUUUGCACAGCUGUUAACUGGUUGCAUGUUCUCCAUGUGCAUGCGUGGGUUCUCUCCAGGUACUCCGGCUUCCUCCCACAGUCUAAAAACAUGACUGCUGGGUAAAUUGGUCUCCUAACUGCCUUGAAGUGUGAGUGUCCCUGUGGGGACAAACAGGUUGAGAUGAUGGAUGGAUGUUAACUGGAUUGCAGUCAAAUAAAAACAUGAAAACAUAAA